AUGAAUUGCAGUAACCCGGUACUCGAUGAGGGCCAGGAGAUACAUUACAAGUUUGAAUUUAACAAGGCGCAGGCGUUGGGACAUCCGAGUAAGUUCUUCUUCUCCAACACCGCUCUCUCGCCCCCAAUCGAAAUCAUGGGUAAAAACCCGGUGAGCCAGACAAACUUCGAGAUCAGCUCCUGCACAGCCAGGACACGGGAGGGCAAUGAGACGCUUCUGGAGGACUGUAUGGAGAGCAUUCCCGUGCCCUUCGUCCGCUUCUCCGUCCUAAAAAGCAACUUUGUCGACACGCUCUGCAUGCUGGUCGGAUGGGCGUAUUUCGUAUUGUGGAGCGCCUCGUUUUACCCUCAGAUCUGGCUGAACUUUAGGAGGAAAAGCGUGAUUGGCAUGGACUUCAACUACGUUUUUCUGAACGUCUUGGGCAAUGGGUCGUACACGAUUUUUAAUACAUUGAUGUAUUUCAACGAGCAAGUUCAGGCUGAAUACCUCCAAGAACAACCCUAUUCUCCACUACCAGUUUUGCUCAACGAUGUUGUUUUUGCGGCGCAUGCUUUGAUAUUUUCGUUCGUCUACGCUUUUCAGGCUUGUAUCUACGAGCGCGGCUCCCAACGCCUCCAUCCAUUCUACUACAUCACCGGUGUCAUCUACAUUUUUGGAUCUGUCAGCGUCCUCGGCCUCCUCGCCGUCGGCAUCAUUACCCGGCUGCAGAUUGCGAACAUUUUUUCGUAUGUAAAAAUUUUGGUGACGACUCCGAUGUAUCUGCCACAGCUCUAUUUCAACUACACUCGGAAAAGCACUUCCGGCUUUGCGAUUGAAGCUAUUUGGCUCGAUUUUUCUGGCGGUGUACUGUCGUUUCUGCAAAUGGUCCUCCAAGCUUGGAAUGUCAACGAUUGGUCCAAUUUCACCGGCAACCCGGUGAAAUUUGCACUGGCCUUAAUCACAAUGUUCCUCGAUUCCCUCUUCUUUUUCCAGCACUACAUCAUAUAUCGAAAUUCGGUGGAGGAGAAA